ACUCUCUGUUCUAGGGUUUCCUCAGGCGUCUAGAUGUUGUAAAUGGAAAACGAAGAGCCGAAAGAGCCAGACAAGAAGAAGCCGCACUUUAAUUCUCAUCCUCUUUCUCCCUCCAUGGCUCGCAACUCCGCCACUUCUCCUUCGAAUAACAAAACAGUUGAUGCAGCAGUUCUCCAGUAUCAGAAUCAAAAACUUGUACAGAAACUAGAUGCUCAGAAGCAUCAGUUGCAUGACCUUGAAGUGAAAAUUAAGGAAUUAAAAGAUAAACAAACUUCGUAUGAUGACAUGUUAAUAACAGUGAAUCAACUUUGGAAUCAGUUGGUCGAUGAUUUGAUCUUGCUUGGGGUACGAGCUGGUGGAGGACCUGAUGUUUUACGAAACUUGGAUGGAAAAGAUCAGCCAGAUGGUCUUUCAGCAUUUUUGUUCUUUGUUUAGAUGAUGAAUAAAUUGUUCGGUUAAUCUUAUAUAUUGUCAUUAUACUUGACUUUCACAUCUUACUAAUUUCACUUACUUGUGCUAUACUUCAGACUCAGUUCCAUCUUGUCCUCCGGAGGAUAUGUUUCUUUGUAGACUGCUACAUGUAAAUUCCAUUGAGAAUAAUGGUAAUGAGGGGAUUGCCAAAUACGUUGAAGAUGCCCUUGCUUCACGUCAUUCAUCCACUAAGGAGUUGAUGAAGUUUUUGGAAGAUGUCAUUGAUGCUCAGAGGGUGAAAACUGAGAGUGUAGCUCAGGCUUUGCAAGGAAAGCUAUCUGCAGAAGGUCAGAAGAUAUCUUGAUGUCAGAUGCCAUUAUCCAAUUGUCCAAGAUGGAUGAUAUGAUGAAAGAAGAGGCUAAAAAUCUGAAUGAGGUGAUUGAAAUUCUCCACGUGAAGCAUAAGGAAUAUGCUAAUUGGAUUCAAACUUAUAUAUGCAAUCAUUCAGCUGAUCAGUCUGAGAUUAAACGCGUUGCAGGUGAGCUUGAAGAGAACAUGGCUGAACUUGAAGAAAGUAGGAGAAAGCUGGUCAGUUUGAAGAUGCAAAAAGAUGUGGCUUCUGGCAUGCAUUUGCAGACUCCAGGUGUGGUAACUGCUAAUGGAAAUGUUUCUCCAGAGAAAUCUGCUGAUAGGACAAUGGACAUGCAGGAGUUGAAGGAAUCCAUUGAGGAAACAAAGGUAGUGGCUGCUGAUCGUCUUUCGGAGCUCGAAGAAUCACAGCAGGACAACAUAAACUUAUCAAAACAAUUGCAAAAUCUCCAGAAUGAGUUGAAUGAUGACAAAUAUGUAUACUCAUCUCGACAGUAUAAUUUAGUCAAUGAUCAACUCCUACAUUGGAAUGUUGAGUUGGAACGUUGCAAAGCUUUGACAGAUUCUUUGCAGAUUGACAGGUCUUUUGUUCUAAGAAGGGAGAAAGAAUUGACUGUAAGAUCUGAGUCAGCAGAUGCUGCUAGGAACACCAUUGAUGAUUCUGAAUCUAGGAUUGAACAGCUGGAGCAUCAGCUUCAGAAGUGUAUAAUUGAAAAAAAUGAUCUAGAGAUGAAAAUGGAAGAAGCUGUUCAGGAUUCAGGGAGAAACGAUAUUAAAGCAGAAUUUCGUGUAAUGGCGUCGGCUUUGUCCAAGGAGAUGGGCAUGAUGGAAGCCCAGUUGAAUCGGUGGAGGGAAACUGCUGAUGAAGCCCUGUCCUUGCGUGAUGAAGCACAAUCACUAAAAGCUUCCUUAAGUAUCAAGACGCACGAACAAAGGUGUUUGGAAGAUAAGUGUGCACAGCAGAUGGUAGAAAUCAAAACUCUGAAGGCUCUGAUUGAAAAGUUGCAAAAGGAAAAACUGGAAUUGCAACUUAUCUUGGACAUGUAUGGCCAGGAAGGUUAUGAUAACAGAGAUGUGGCUGAGAUAAAAGAAUCUGAACGUCGGGCUCAUUCACAAGCUGAAAUCUUGAAAAGUGCUUUGGAUGAACAUAGUCUGGAACUGAGGGUGAAAGCCGCAAAUGAGACUGAGGCUGCUUGCCAACAAAGGCUUUCAGUUGCUGAAGCUGAAAUAGCUGAACUAAGGGCUAAACUGGAUGUUUCUGAGAGGGAUGUUAUGGAGCUUACAGAGGCUAUUAAAAGCAAAGAUAAGGAAGCAGAGGCAUACAUUUCUGAAAUUGAGACCAUUGGUCAAGCAUAUGAAGACAUGCAGACCCAGAACCAGCAUUUGCUGCUGCAGGUGACUGAGAGGGAUGACUACAAUAUCAAGCUUGUUUCUGAGAGUGUUAAAACAAAGCAGGCACAAAGCUUUCUAAUCUCUGAGAAACAGACUUCAAUGAAGCAGCUUCAACAAGUUAAUGCACUGGUAGAAUCUUUAAAAUCACGGAUUCUCCACAGUGAAGAGCAGAUGAAAGCCUGUCUGACAGAGGCUCUUAAAUCUACUCAAGAAGACAGACAUCUGAUGGUCAGUCUUGAAACAGCAAAGUGGGAAUUAGCUGAUGCUGAGAAGGAAUUGAAGUGGUUGAAAUCUGCUGUUGCUUCUUCUGAGAAGGAACAUGAGCAGAUCCAGCGGAAGUUGGAUGACAUCCAAAAAGAACUGGACGAAGAAAGAAGAGAGAAGAUGAAGCUUGAGGAAGAUCUCAUGGAAUUGAAUAACAAGGUUGCGGAGUUGACUUCUGAAACUGGAGAGGCAGCGAUACAGAAACUUAGGGACGAAAUAAAAGAUUGCAAAGCUAUUCUCAAAUGUGGUGUGUGCUUUGACCGUCCAAAGGAGGUUGUGAUUGUGAAAUGCUUUCACCUCUUCUGCAAUCCAUGUAUUCAAAGAAACCUGGAGAUACGGCAUCGGAAGUGCCCAGGGUGUGGAACAGCUUUCGGUCAGAGCGAUGUCCGGUUUGUAAAGAUAUGACUCAACUUUCCCAUGUUUUGUAGUUCAACUCAAGUCAUAGCUAUCUCUGCGUUUUUGUUAUUACCUUAGCUUGAUAUGGGCAUGUGCUUUGAUGGUAGGCUCCCAUGUAGAAUAGAAAUAAUAUUCAUUUUCCUUUUUGGUCGUUCUUAUGUAACUACGGUGUAUUUGUAAACAAAAUAAGAAAUUUAUUUUAAGAAAAAAAACCCCAGCAUCUUUAUAAA